GGGAUCGGCCUCCACAGCGCUCGCCCCUCACCUCACCCCACGGCCGAGCCCACCCGGGCCGGCGCGCGCCGGUGCCCGAGGCCCAGGCCGCCUGGAGCGGCGUUCUUGAAAUCAUGAAUCCUGUCUAUAGCCCUGGAUCUUCUGGGGUUCCUUAUGCAAAUGCCAAAGGAAUUGGUUAUCCAGCUGGUUUCCCCAUGGGCUAUGCAGCAGCAGCUCCUGCUUAUUCUCCCAACAUGUACCCUGGAGCAAAUCCUACCUUCCAAACAGGACUGCUCUUAAAUGGAUCCCCUAACCCAGAAGCUGGGACAGGUUACACUCCUGGCACACCAUACAAAGUGUCCUGCUCCCCCACCAGUGGGGCUGUACCACCAUACUCCUCCUCCCCCAACCCCUAUCAGACCGCCGUGUACCCUGUGCGAAGUGCCUACCCUCAGCAGAGCCCGUAUGCACAGUUGUCUCUGUUCUCCCCACAGCAAGGCACCUACUACACACAGCCACUGUAUGCAGCACCCCCUCACGUCAUCCACCACACCACGGUGGUGCAGCCCAACGGCAUGCCAGCAACGGUGUAUCCUGCUCCCAUCCCUCCUCCAAGAGGCAGUGGGGUCACCAUGGGCAUGGUUGCUGGAACCACCAUGGCCAUGUCAGCAGGUACCCUGUUGACAGCUCACUCGCCAACUCCCGUCGCCCCUCACCCAGUCACUGUGCCCACAUACCGGGCUCCAGGAACACCCACUUACAGCUAUGUGCCCCCUCAGUGGUGAUCACCCUGCAGACAAAUGUUUGAGGAUGGAGCUGUGCAGUCACAUCAUUGAGGUUCCACAGCUGGUGCUGCAGGCCUUGUGCCUCCAACCAAGACUUUCUUCUUAAUGCUCUCAACACUUAGCUAAACACAACUACGUUCCGGCCCAGCAGGUCCCAGCGCCAUUAGUCUCCAACUAACUCUGUGGGUUGGUCAUAAAUCUUGUUUUGUGGUCUGCUUGGCAAUUUUUUAGCUAACUGUAAUGAUAAGAAGGGAGUAUUAAUCUAUUCUGAAUCAUAUCUAGUUGAAUGCAUGUUAAAAAACACAAAAACCAAGCUUGCUCAAUCUACCUGCAGUGACUGAUGCAAAACCAUCAUAUGCAAAACCCAAAGGAAUGGAAAUGUAUUUUACAACUUGUAUCACUAAUGCACUGUUGUAAUGUAUGCAGUCUUAAUGUUAAUGAGUGUUAAAGUGAAUUCAUAGAGCAUCUGAACUACCUUAGAUGAUUCUUCAGCCUUUUGGGGUUGAUGUGGGUAGCCAGUUAGGGACUUGGACUUUUAGUUUUCAGUGGCCUGUGUCUUUGACACUGACUGCACCAAGAGGGAGCUACAGGGACAGGGAGAGAGUAGGGAGGCUACAGUAGCUCAGGAGCAGCCAGUCAUGGGGUGUCCCCUUCUUUCUGUUCAUCCUUGGAGGGGUCAGGGGAACAGGGACAUGCUUAAAGAUCAUCAUGAAACAUUAGAGCCAUGUGGCCAGGACACUUAGGGGUGAGGGUGGUCUGCAUAUCAACAAAGCAAUUUUCUCUGUCAUCUAAAUUUUCAUUGUACAUCUCUUACAAAGAAGGAUUUUUUUAUAUAUCUUUAUUAGAAAAAUCCUGUGUAGAACUAGAUUAUUUUCCUGGAAUGGAAGGUAUGUGAAAGAGAAACAGCCCCAUUUGGAGCAGGCAUUGUCCUCUCCUUUAGCUUAGAAAGUCAUUCCAUAUUUUCUUUUCCCUGAGAAAUGUUUGAGUCAGUUAAAAACACUUAGGUAUUGCUGUUUCUCUCAUAAAGAAGGGCAAAAAUUUCAUCUGUGUGUUGUGGAGAAUGUUGUAUACUUACGAAUGCUUAAAAGGGAACAAAACUUUUAAAUGUCUCACGUGAAUUGAGAGGCAUGGUCAUGAGUUGGUCUGCAGAUGUAAAAAUGAAAUAUGUAGCUUGUCCUGGGUUGUCCAUGUGAUGAUAACUUGCCUCUUGUCUGGCUCGGGGACUCCUAGCUGUUAGGGCGCUCAGGGCUGACUGAGUCUGGGGUUUGAGCGUCUUCUACCACCUCUCCUUGCAGCUGAAGGCACUCAGUGCCAACCAUGUGCCGACAGCACAAAGGGCCUGGUAGCAGUGGAAUGCAUUUGCCCGCCCACUGGUAUCUAUUAUGGAAGAGAUUUUGAGUUUAAAAUCUGAACAUUGUACAUAAGAAAUCAAGAGGUGUUUUUUGUUUUGUUUUUCCUAAUAAGCUGACUUUGAGUGACAGGAAUGGCUUUCUGUUCUCAGUGAGGGUCAGAGGGUUAGAGGCAGAAAGACUUGUUCCUUUUCAGGGGUCUGUCGGGUGGGGUGGGGUGCAUCUUUUUUCCCACUCCAUUAUUGAAGUGCUGUGGUCUUCAGUUGGGAGGGGAUUCUGUGCUGCUUUUGUCUCUGGCAGCUCAGUUAGGGCCCUGGCGCUGGGGUGGAGUUUGCUCCAUUAGCAGUCAGCCUGGCUGGCAGGUGGAACACCUGACCUCUGAGCCUUUAGUAAUCUUAUUUUUUAUAAGAAAUACUUGUCAUAAUUUUCUUUUUUCACAUUUUAUAAGUUUGAGAAUACUUUUGCAUGGCUCAUUGUAAACAAAAGAUUCCUUAUUCCUAGUGUCCAUUAAAAUAGAAUGUUUACUGAUAAGUAAAUUGCUUCCUGAGCACUUAACCCGUGUGUGUGUGUGUGUGUGUGUGUGUGUGUGUGUGUGUGUGGUGUCAUUUCCCCUAGGCACACUGUUGUGUUCAUUUCUGCAAGUCUAUGUUGGUAAUUCCAUCUGGGUAGUGGAUGGUUUGCAAUAUUGGAAGGUUCCAAGGGUCCCAGGGACUCAACUAACUGGUGGAGAAGGCAUUUUCCCAGUUAAGUGAUAAUAUUCAAGGAGAACAUGAUUUUAUUGUAUGCUUUUCUAAAAGCCCCACACAAAAAUAGAAGCAUACCCAUGAGGGGUAGUAUCAUUUGCAAUCAGGAGGAAGUUCUAAGAGGUUACAUGGGCUGUCUCCAGGCCCACGUGAGACUGGCACACACAGGGUGAGUGUUCUCAAAAGUGCUGAGUUGGAGGAAGUUUUGCAUCUCUUGACCUCCAUUUAUAUCAGCUAUAUGAACACUUUUCUUCCCGAUAAUUAAAUUUUUUCCCUUUUUUAAGGUUGAAUUGAGAGACUAUCAGAUACUUCUGUAUUGUGGAAAUCUUUCCAGUUUUGAAACUAUCAGGGCAUCAGGUAUCAGAUCUAUGAAAUGUAGAUAAUACCUACCAGGUAAGAAUCUAGUCUUACUAAUGGUAAUAAAACUGUCAUAGGUUGCAUUCUGUUCUAGUAAAACUAAUUAAAGAAAUAAUACUUGGGUCAGUAAUCUGUUACAGAGCUGCAUAGUUUGGUAUCCUAAGUAUAUUGUGGAACAUUCCAAGGACUUUUGUUUUUUAUAGGUGUGACAUUUCUGAUUUGAGAGAUCUUCAGUUGAAUUAAUUGUUCUUUGAGAAGUUGAGACAGACAAGCAAAAGACCUCGUUCUUGUAGAUGUGGGCAUCAUUAUGGAUAUUUAAAACUUUUUUAUUCUCUACCUUCUCCCCUGAGGCUUGGGAGUUGUCUUCUUCAGCUGUGUAGCUGCUGCUGCUCUCAGCUCAUAGAAAUGUAGUUUGGAGCUGGUUGGAGGCUGAGUGAGUGUUGUAAAGCCAGCCCAUUUUGUGCUCCCUGACUCAGAAGUGAGGGCACCCUCAGGGCCAGGGCCAGUCAUGUUAAGACGCUUGCAAGUGCUUCCAGAACUUUUUAUGUAUGUUUUGGACCACCUUCCAAGAAUGUUCUUGUUGGUAUGGUUAUGGCCUACCAGUUGCUAUUCUGUGAAAUCCUUUCCUGAGUGCUAUGCAAAUGUGUUUUUAGGUGGCAGGGACCUGGGUUGGGCUUCAGGCUGCUGUCUAGGUACCCGGUGCAUUGCUCCAUCUGAUGGUGUCAUCCUGCUGUGACAGGCGACUAGGAAGCAAUUUGCAAGUUUUCUUGGAAGACAUGUCAAUGAAAGGACAUACAUUCUUAGGCAGUUUGGAAUGCACUGACAUCCAGCAGCUUUGUCCUUUUCAUGGGCUUUCAUGACCCAGUUGUAUAAAUGUUGGGCUACUUUGCAAAGGAAAUCCAGACUUCACCUGUCUUUUUUUGAACAUUUAGAUACAGUAUUACUGUGACCAAUUGGGCCACCUUCUCUCAUCUGGCAGCUGACAGUUGGCUGCUCCAAUUGUAGUUCGCCUGGCACUGCCUGGGCAGCACAGCACCUCCCCUGGGUGCAGCAGCAGGUGGGGCAGCCACUGGUCCUUCUCUCUGGUGCUUUCUAAGGGGGUCUGGUAGGAAUGUGGUUGGCUUAGGGAGGGCAUACCUCCCAGGUCUGUGUGUAUAUUUCAGCUGCUUACUGUUCCGCCUGAGCUUCUCGAAGGCUGUCAGACUUCUGAGCGGACUGGAGGUGGUGGGUGGCAUGGUCUUGGUAUAAACUGGGAAGUUGAUCUUGCAUGUUUUAAGGGUUGUCUCUCUUCCUGACUGAGUUCAUUUGAAGAAUGGAAAACCUGUGGGAUAACCUUGCUUUAGUCCAUAGGACUAACAGUUUAGUCAUUUGGGAUGAUGAGACAGAGGAGCAUAUCUAUCCAGGGAGCUCUGACGCACUUCAGGAGGGUGGGCUGUCCCAGAUCAGCACAGCAGGCAGCUCCCUGGGCAGGGUGUAGCAUGGGCCCUCAUGCAGGCUGGUGGGCAGUAACAGAUGAGUGGGCCAGAUCAGAGACUGUGCUCCUGGCGGGUUGUGGUGAUGGCAGCUUGGAGGAAAGGCCCCAAGGAACUGCAUGGGCUGUGGCCGGAUAGAAAAUGGGUCCUUUUUUUUUUUUAAUGAUUUUUAAAUACUGUUUUUUACACUGUUCUCUUGGUACUUUUUUAAAGCUUAAGUCGGCAUUGUCUUCCAGUGUUAAAGGCAUCCCUCACCUCUGCAUUGAACUUACAUGUCAAUAUAAAGGAAUGGACCAUCCAUUCUGAGCCAGUUCAAUUAGGUGUAAAUUCAUACUAUUUUAAUUUUUUAUGCAAUCUGAUGAGUAGAUGAGCUCAGAUUUAAAAUUCUUAAAGGCACGUUUAUUGUAACAAAUUGUUAUGUAUUAAUACUGCAGUUUUCAAUAAAGGUUGACUUGUGUUGCA